AUGUUCUUGGUAGAGGGAAACGGAAAAGCAAUUCUAUACACUGGCGACAUACGGGGUGAACCAUGGUUUGUCAAUACUAUAUCUCGAAACCCCAACCUUGUCGAAUAUACGUCAGGCCUUAAGACACUUGACAAAAUCUAUCUCGAUACAUCUUUCACUGAAGAUGUCCCGUUUCAGACAAAAGCUCAAGGCAUAGCUGAGCUGCUGCGAAAAGUUUCCAAGUACCCGGAUGACACCGUCUUUCACCUCCAAGCCUGGACGUAUGGAUAUGAGGAUGUUUGGGUUGCGUUAUCCAAGGCCCUUAAGUCUAAAAUCCACGUGGACGAUUACAAACUUCGCAUUUACGGCUCUCUCAAGUCAAAUGCCCCUGAUUCACGGUUUAAUGUAGACGUCCAUCUUACCCCCGAGUCGCCGGCUUUAAUUGGCCACAUGUGCGGUAACACGCCGCAUCCAGGGUGUUUAACGUCAGAAGUCAAUGUUCGCUUGCACAGUUGCGAGAAGGGAAACAUGUGUGAACUGGCGCAAAAACCCACGACUGUGUCCAUCCAGCCUAUAAUUGCUCACCUAGCUACAGGAGAGGACUUGGCUGACGUUGGGGUCGGAGGUGGCGGAGACGACCUCCAACGGGAAGCCGAGUUGGAAUAUUUGGAUCAAGCCAGCUUGGCAGCUUUAUUCAAUAUGUCCCUCUCCUCCUCGACAUCUUCGACCGAUAGGUCAGAUGUGCUCCAAGAACUCCUGGAACAAAUUGCCUCAACAGGUCGAAAUAUACCAUUGGAUUGGGAUGUUGAGACUCUGAGCGCGCAUUCGGCCGAUGAAAUCAUUAUUAUGCUUGUUGAAAGGCUGAGGAAGAGUGCCAAGAACAAGCAGCUUGGGGAUGAGAUCGACCUGCCGAAGACCAUCCAUUUUCCUUAUUCGCGACAUUCUUCAUUGCCAGAGCUGCGUCACCUUGUGAAGGUUUUCCAGCCUAAAGAUGUAUGGCCAUGCACUGUCAGUCCGGUUGAAUGGUUGAGAAAUGGAGUUACCAUCGGGUCUAUGUUUGGGCGACUCUGUUCUGGCGAAACAUUUGAACACGAUCUCGUUAUGCAAAGGUUGGCCGCUAAGCACGCAUCGAGCAUUGAGCAUCAACAACAUGGUAGUCAAACAACAGUCGACUCGAACCCUGUACCAAGUUCGCCAGUCCAUGAAUCACAGGAUACACAGCAGCAAAGGCCUUGCCACACAGAACGCAGGUUUGUGAGCCCUCUACCGGAUACUCAAGCGAGUGGCCUGUAUGGAGGUUCUGCACUUGAACCAGAGCAUAUGCCCAAAGAUCUAGAAGCUCCAUCUGCAGACACCUCCGUUAACCAGUCGAUCGAAUCUCCCGAGACCGAACAAGGAAUGGGCGUUCAACAGGGUCUCGGCUCGCGCUCAGAGGCACAAACCGAGAAAUUAUGCGAUAGGCCAGCACCUGGCUAUUCUCUCCGCAAACGCACUUUCUCCAACGUAUCCAGCGAAGAAGUCGAAAGGAGCGAGCCCGGGAUGGUAGGCUCAACUAAAAAGUUGUUCAGCUCAAACCAACUAGAGGACUACUCCCUUGUUCGUCAAGAUGCAUACCGGCAGAUGGUCCAGAACAUGACUGAGGAUACUUGGGUCCCUCUCCGGCUUAUAUCUACGAGUGAUGAGUAUACAGCGGAAGAAAAAGAGCUGUGA